GGCGGACCUACUGAAGUGUCAUCUGCUCUGACGGCCCCCGUUCGUUUGAAGCCUUUACGUCAUGACGUGAAGAGAAAUAGUCGAGAAGUCACUCUGACUUUGUGUUUACGGCAGACGGAUAAGUCAUGGCUGUUCUGCUGAGGAAAGUGAGGCGCACAGACGCAGCAGCUGCCUCAGUGCUGGAACGAGCAGAUUUCCGCACGGAUUCAGAGAUCCGGUCUUUGACUCGAGAAGACCUGCACGAGCUGUUUCCUGGACCUGAGAAGCUGAAGCUGAGGAGGACCAUCUUCAGACUCAUAGAGAGAAAUAAACCAGUAAAUGUGCUCCUAGAAGAACUCAAAGGUUUCAUCCCACAUUAUUCUCUCAGGGAUUCUUUAUCUUGCAGUGGGGUCUUGGUUGACUACCUUCAUACCAUGAAGGACAUGAAAGCUCAGCUGAACAAUAUGCAGAGUUUCAUUGAAGCACACAUUGAUUUACUGGAGGACAUCAGCAAAGCUGAGCCACACCAGGAACCUAACCCAGAUAUUUUAUCCAGCCCUGGCACGAUGGCUCCCAGUCCUCCACUGGAGCCUUACCUUAAACCAGCAAAUGGACAUUCAUAUGGAGCUGAAGUGAUGUACCAGAUGGUUGUCGGUGGUAAAACCUUUGAUGCUCAUCUUCAGCUGAUGGCCAGGGUCCAAGCUCAAGUGCAGGACCGGGUUCAGCUCAUUUCAUGCAGUCAGGAUGGCCAGGUCCUCAUAGUCUUCUGCCCAAUCACUUCACGUGCCGGGGCAGAUGUUGAUGGAGCCUUGAUUAAUGUAACAGGAGAUGAACCUCUUAUCCUGGUGUUGAUGCACCACACACUUGAGAUCAAGCACCCAGCAACAAGGAGGAUGUGGUCGGAUUACUCAAAUAUCGUGCUGCAUGUCGAUGUUUUCUACCAUGGGACAUCGCGCGGAUUGUUGAGGUGUCAAGAAAACGAUGCUGCUGUGAUCCAGAUACAGAACAAAUUACUGGAAUACUGUACUCCAAGAAGUAAAUGGGCUGUGACUGGUGAAUAUAACAGCCCCGACAUUGACAGCUGCUCCCAUUUGGACGAUGGGGGCAGUGAGUUUGGCUUUAGGUUGUUCGGCAGUGACAGCAGCAGCAGCAGCAGUAGUAACAGUGAUACUAAAAGUAUUUGGGGCCCUGCAGAAUAGAAGUUUAUGCAUGUUUCUUCUUUUUCUCAAUUUUCACUUAUGUGAAUAGUAUAUUUCAAUCAAUGUUAUAAUUGUUGUUUUGAGAUGCUGUGAUUAUUUAACAUUUUAUUUUAUGGCAGUUUAUGUUUUUUUUUUAUAUUUGUCCUUUAAUAUGUUUACUGGAAACAACAGGUGGUGCAAUGGUGUAAAUCAAAUAAAUAAUCCAAUGUUGUUUAAUCAUAUGCAAAUUUAAUUUUAAAAUCAUUCAGUCUCUAUUUUGUAAUUAAUUGCAUAUUCAGAUUGCAAUGACAACUUCUUUUGGAAAUCUGUAACGGUGUGUUGACUUGAACACCCAAUUGGGGACAUGUGUUGUCAGAUAAAGUGAACAAAAAUUAAACAUAAAAACUA